UGGGAUGACUUCCUUUUGCUAGUGUUUAGUUUUAAAACGAUCUCCUUCAUUAAAAUCAUGGCAGGCAAAUCGGAGUUGAAAAUCAACUCCACGUUCGCGCAGAAAUAUGACAGAUACCGAGAGAAAGAGGAGCUGCAGAGACUGAAGGACCGAUACGGAGACCGAGCAGAUGGCAGUGACUCUGAGUCGUCUGAGUCCAGCUCCGAUGACAGUGAAGUGGAGCUGGACCCUGCAGUUGAGAGGGAUUUUUACAGAACAUUGUCCCUGCUGAAGAAGAAAGACCCCAAGAUCUACCAGACAGAUGCAAAGUUCUACUCAGAAGAGGCGUCCACCAGUGAUGAGAAGCCUUCAACCUCAAAGAAAGCAGUGAAGCCCAUGUAUCUGAAGGACUAUGAACGUAAAGUCAUACUGGAGAAGGAGGGCAAAUAUGAGGAUGACGACGACAGCGAAGACGAGGAGGCUGCCAGGAGGAUAGAAGAGAGAGCUGCCUCUCCGAGCUACAUCCAGGAGCAGAAGGAGCUGAGGGAAAGCUUCCGUAAGUUCAUCCAGGACAGCGAUGAUGAUGAUGGUGAUGAUGAGGAUGAUGGUGAUGAGGACAACAAGGGCAGUGAGCGAGAAGGACAGUCCCAGCUGCUGACCAGGAGGAUCAAAACACAGGAGGAGAAGGAUAAAGAAGAGGCCGACUAUGUGGAGUGGCUGAAGGGCCAGGCUGACAUCGAGGGCCCGGAGGAGGUGAAGGACAUGAAAUACUUAAGGGACUACUGGAAUGACCCGGGGCUGGAAGACGGGGAGCGUUUCCUGAGAGACUACGUCCUCAACAAGGGUUACCUCGACGAAGAAGACGACGACAAUGAUCGGAUCCCGACCUACGACGAGGUGGUCCGGGACGAUGUGGAGGACUCCGAAGAGGAAGGGGAGUCUUUCUUGGAGCGACAGGACGACUUUGAGAGAAGCUACAACUUCCGCUUCGAAGAGCCUGACGGCGAGCGCUUAAAGACGUACCCCCGCAACAUCGCCACCUCCGUACGCUCCAAAGACGACCGCAGGAAACGCAAGAGGGAGGAAGUGAAAGACAGAAAGGACAAGGAGAAAGAGCAGAAGCGCGAGCAGCUGAAGCAGCUGAAGAACCUGAAGCGAAACGAGAUCAUGGAGAAGCUGAAGAGGCUCCAGGAGCUGACUGGCAACGAGCAGCUGGCCUUCAGUCAGGCCGACCUGGAGGGAGAGUUUGACCCAGGGCAGCACGACCAGCUCAUGCAGAAGUUCUUUGGAGAUGAAUACUACGGAGGAGAAGAAGAGGAGAAGCCUCAGUUUGAUGAUGAUGGAGAAUUUGAAGAACGCUGGAAUUGGGACACGUGGACAGGUGAGGAGCAAGAGGAAGGAGAGUGGGAUGGACAGGAGUAUGACGCCUCCGAGCCCCACUGUGACGAUGAGAACUUUGUUAUGGACGCCGACUACGACCCCAACCAGCCGACUACUUCUAAGAAAAAGAUGAAAAAGGAGAGGAAGAAGAUGAAGAAAGAGGACCUGCCACAAAUGGGCAAAAAGAAGAAAAAGUCUCACUUUGCAGAAGUCAUCACCAAAAACAAGCCUGUAUUUGACCCAAAGGAGAAGAGCUUCGAGCAGUACUUGGACGAGUACUAUAAGCUGGACUACGAGGACAUCAUAGACGACCUCCCGUGCAGGUUCCGCUACAGACAGGUGCUGGCCAACGACUUCGGCCUGUCCACUGACGAGAUUUUAACUGCAAAUGAUAAGGAGCUGAACCAGUGGUGCUCUCUGAAGAAGACGUGCAUGUUCAGGUCUGACAAGGAAGAGAUGAGUGAUUUUAAGAACUAUAAAAUCAAGGCUCAGAAUGAAAAGAAGAAAAGAGAAGUCCUGAACUCUGUGUAUUCUGAGGGAGACAAAGAGCUGGCCGAGGCUAAGACCAAAGUGGGGAAGAAUCGCCGUGAUCGUCUGAAGGAAGCUGAGAAGCGAGGCGGGGCAGCAGAGGGCCCUGAGGAGCCCUCCAUCAUGGACUCUGCAGACGAGACAGUGGCUCAAGCUCUCCGAGAGGCAGCCGACGAGGCAGAAGAGGAGGACGAGGUUCUGAUACCCAAGAAAAAGCAGAAACGGGAAGAGGAGCCCCAGGCAGAGGUUACUGCCGUGGAAACGGCAGAUAAAGCUGAAAACAGGACUGAGAGACCGAAAUGGUCCAAGAAGAAGCACACGCCCUCCGGUGGUGGACGCCUCAAAUCAGGGAGCCAGGGGGUGAGAAUAGGCGGCCGUGAAUUCAGCAGACAGAGACUGAAGGCCUACGGUCUGAACCCCAAGAGACUGUUCUUCAGACAGCUCGGCAGACAGAAACGGAAAGCUCAGGAGAAGAAAGAGAAGCAGAAAAACAAGGAGUGAGAUGCCUCUGCAGAAAUAAAACUGACUACAGGACAGUCACUGAUUUUUAUGGUCCAAGAAUCAAAUGCAUUGUGCAAUGGAUUCACUUGUUCUUUGUUUUGACCUAAAAAAAAGAGUUUACAAAGCUCAACAAUCAUUUUCUUGAGAGGAAUCAGUAGAGACUACACAGCCUUGAGAGCUGCACUAACCUUGCUACAUGGUAUACAUGUCUGGAUAGUAGGUUAAAGGAAAAAAUAAAAAGUUUCUUAGAAUGUAAAAUUGUAGCAACGGCUAAAAAAUAUAAGCACAAGACUAAUCCACCGUAAGACUUCCUUCAUCCACAGAAUCAAACAACUGAUUAGAUUUGCUGAUGAGACAUAAGAUUAAUUAAAAAAUUAGUAUUUAUUUAAUCUUGUCUUCAGAUUUGAAAAAAAUGUAAAAGAUAACUAAAUGGUGGCUACAAAUAGAAUGUUUACCUUAUUUUUAUACUUGCAGUUGACUAUACAAUUAGAUAAUGGGUUUGGUAAAAUUUAAUAAAACCUACAGUCAUGGAAACAUUGAUUAGACCAUUUUCUUCAAUUUCUUAAUUUUGAAGCCUGAUACAACUAAAAGUAUAUUUGUUUGGACAAAUAUAACAAAUGGCUCAUAAGAGUUCAAUUUAAGAGCUGAUAUCUAGACUUUUUUUAAUGAUUUUGGUUAUCAAGAAAACCAUGGAAAAUGUCGAUGUCAGCUCUUAAAUUAAACUCUUAUGAGCUAUUUUUGUUAUAUUUUUCCAAACAAAUAUACCUUUAGUUGUAUCAGGCUUUAACAUUGACAGGAAAUUGAAGAAAACAAUGGUCUAAUUUUUUCCAUGACUGCACCGCUUGCUACGCUUUGUUUGGAUUUCACAAAGUCAGUUAAAUUUGAUGUGAGAAAGUUCUGUGAGCAAAAAGAUGAUCAAUGCUUGUCUGUUCUAUUAAAUUGAAGUCACAUCAUGCUGGCUGCAGUGUGUCCUUUGACCCCAAGCAGAUGAAAUAAUGGAUGAAAGCAGUAAACCUGAACAGUACAUAUAUUAUGUGUGGACUAGCUAGGAGUACGUGUAUAGACGUAGACCUCCUUAUGAUCUGCUUAGUUUCCCUAUCUAUACAUAAAUACAUUGACUGAAUAAACACAUUGAAAAGUUGAACAUGUGUUUGUGAUGUACUAACAUUUUAAAAUUUGAGUGUGCCAAUGACUUUAAGGAAAUUAUUAAAGACCAUAUUUAUUUA